AUGCUGAAUCAGGCAAGAGCCAGAGACAGAGCCGGUAUAACAGUUGAAGACUGGAGCAGAGUGGUGUGGUCAGAUGAGUCCACAUUUACGGUAAAGAGCAAUACUUCUGACCCGCCUAAAUUGAAUAAAGAGUAUGGUAUCAUGUCUACCUUCCAAGAAGACUACCUCGACUGUUAUACUAGCUCAUAUAAAACAUGGUGGAAGAAACGUUAG